GAAAGGCACAACUAAAGCAUUUGGGAGAUUACCUCAACGAGUUUUAACAAAGACCAGAAUUCGUUCAGCAACGAAGGAUUACCAAUUUGAUGAUAUAUAUAGUCAAUUCAAUGAAUUAACGAAAAAAACCGAAAAAUUCCAUAUUGAUGCUGUUAAAUUUCGAGAUAAUUUAACUGAAUCAUUAAAUCAUCAAGUAAAUAUUGCCGAGAUCUUGAUUACUUUAUAUGAUCCAAUUAAAGGUAGUGAAGAAGGAGCAGUUACACGUCGACAGAAAACUCCUGUUAAAUCAAUGAAAGCAGUUGAGGAAUAUGAAGCGGCAGUAAUUGAAGUUAGAGAAUUGAUAUUACCGGAAUUGGAUACGCUUGAUGUUACAGUUAUUAGUCCAGCUAAAGAAUUUUUGAAUAUUAUAAAGAUGAUUAAAAAAACAAUAAGUAAACGUGAUCAUAAAAAAACGGAUUAUGAUCGAUUUCAAACUAAUUUGAAAAAACUACAAGAUAAAAAGGAAAAAUCAUCGAGUGAAGAAAAGCAAAUGUUUAAGUUAGAAGAACAAUUUUCUCGAGCCACACAAGAAUAUGAUCAUUACAAUAAUUUGCUUAAGGAAGAACUUCCACUUUUUUUCGAAUAUAGAAGUGAAUUUAUUGAACCUGUAUUUGAAAACUUUUAUACUAUACAAUUAAAUGUUUUUACAAUUUUAUUUGAACGACUUGAACUAUUAGUUGAUAAUACUGGAGAAUAUUUUGAUAUUGAAACAGAUAUAAUAGAAGGAUAUGAAAGAAAAAGAGAAGAAAUUGAUCCUAAAAUAGAAUUAUUGACUGUGAUUAAAAAAGUUGGAAAGAAUACUUCAAGUAACACACCCAAGAGUAGUAGUAGUAGCAAACUUAAUGUUCCUCCUUCACAUGAUUCAAUGCGUUCCCGAUCACCUAAUUAUCUCAACUCAAAUAAUGCUGCUUCUUAUAGUUCACUAAAAAAAGGAUAUGAUUAUGAAGAAGAAGAACGAGAAGAAGAAUGUGAAGAAUAUGAAGAAGAAGAACCACCUCCACCUCCAGUUCCAUUUACAGCUCCUAAACCUAAACCUAAAAUCGUACGUAAUUAUGUAAUUGCAUUAUAUGAUUAUGAUGCGCAGGCAGAUGGUGAUUUAUCGUUUAAAAAAGAUGAUAAGAUAGAAGUAAUCGAACGAACUCAAAAUAUUAAUGAUUGGUGGAAAGGAAGACUAAAUGGAACAAUUGGUGUAUUUCCUGCUUCUAUAAAAUGUACUAUUUCUAAAACUGGAUUAAUAAAAUAG